GCUUACUGCUGGUGCUUGGAACACAAAAGCAUAGGAAAAGCGACAAACGGGGAAUCUGGACCCGCCUCAUUCGAUUGAUAGCUGUAAUCCCGGACCUGGAGUGCUGUCUGUGUGGAGUUUGCAUGUUCUCCCUGUUUAUUUUGUGAGUUUUUCCUCCGGGGGAUCCGGUUUCCUCCCUCGGACAUGCUGGUGGGUUAAUUGGUUUCUGUAAGUGAGUGUUUGUAUCUGUGCGUGUCCUGCGUGGACAGGGUGUAUCCCGCCUUUUGCCCGUUGCUUGCUGGGAUGGCAAGACUAACUCAUAAUUGCAUCCGAAAAAAUACACAUUCGUAAGUGAGACGCACUUCGGUGGUGCUGCGCGGCACGACACCCCGAUCUGAACCCUCACUAUUGUGUGUUUCAUUCGAAGUGAGAUAUCGGUGGAGGAUUUUGAAGUGGCGUGGGUGUGCCCCCUCUGGGUCUCCCAGCCCACACCGAACCCCGAACCCCGAACCCGAUCCCUGCCCUGGGCUUUGCCGGAGGAGGGGAUGUUAGCGGCCCAAUGCGCCGUGCUGCGGCACUGUACGUCCAGCCGUCACCGGCAGAGGGCAGGCUGUCGUAACGCUCUCAAACGCUCAGCGUCUCAAGUCAGUUCUUCACAAAAACCGAAGACAAAAAGUCCAUCUCUUUCGUGUGUUCAGCCAAAUUAAUUAGCCAUCAUCAGAGAAGAAAAUUAAAGCAGAGCAAGUGCGCGGAAAGCUCUUCAUGUAUUCGUCUGCGAGGUUAGCAUGCGUCAUGGACAACAAUCAUCAAUAAUUUUUGCACAAAAAAAUUAAUAAAUGUUGGUCUGUUUUAUUCUGUAAAAGGCACCAGUUCGAAAUUACCUCAAAAAGGUCGAUCGCGUUUAAUGCACUUUAAGUAGUGUAUGAGACACCAAUACCUGUAACCCUGAUAUAGGAACCAUAGUUGCCAGGAACCAGUUGUGAUCAGGAGAAUGUGUCGGUCGGGGCGCUAUUCAGCAGCGGCACCAGAAGGCUUUGGUGUUAUGUGAUUCGUGGAGUAAGGGCUGCCCGCUGCGUGUGUUGGCGAUGGCGGGCAGGGGCAGAGGCAGAGGCCGGGGUCAGAUGUCCUUCAACGUGGAGGCCAUGGGGCUGGGAAAGGGGGAGCCCCUUCCCCCUUCGACGCUUCAGCCCACCCCCCUGUUCCCGCCCAUGGAGAACAAGCCGGUGCCCCUGCAGGCGGGUGAGGAGGCCGAGUACAUGUUGGCGCUGAAGCAGGAGCUCCGCGGCGCCAUGAAGAACCUGCCCUAUUUCGUGAGGCCCGCCGUGCCAAAGAAAGAUGUGGAGCGCUACUCCGACAAGUACCAGAGCUCGGAGCCGACAGACAACACCAUCGAGUGGACACCUGACUGGAACCGGCUGCCCAGGGAGCUGCGGAUCAGAGUGAGGAAGCCCCCGAAAGAGAAGCCGUUGCAGGUCCCCAAGCGCAGCCAGCAGAAGCGUGUGGACAAGGAGGAGAUCAUCCGCAAACUGGAGACACUUGAAAAGAAGGAGCAGGAGGUCAGCUCGGAGGAAGAGGAAGAGGAGAAGAAACAGGAGGAGGAGGAGCAGGAGAACGAGGAAGAGUACGACGAGGAGGAAUUUGAGGAGGAGACGGACUACGUCAUGUCCUAUUUCGACAACGGCGAGGAAUUUGGGGCGGACAGCGACGACAACAUGGAUGAGGCCAUUUACUGAAGCCAGCGGAAAGCCCGUAUCUCCUCUUUGUUCUGAAUUUUUUAGGAGUGUGCCCUUUUAUUUAUUUUUUUUCUAUGUGGGCAGCAUUGUUUCAUUCCUGGGCUGCCAGACUGAUGGUUUGUGGUCACAACAGAUUUCCGGGGGCAGAUACGUUCACCCUUGACCCUGAACUUCAGGCUGUUUCAUUGGAACUUCAGGUGAAAGGUGAAAGGUCACAAAGGACAGAGGUCGACUUCCUUUCACCCUGAUGGCCUGCUUGUUUGCAUGUUUGGGGAUCCUACAGUCUCGUUGUUCCAGUCUGUUCAGUCCCCCUGAGGGAAUCCGCUGCUCAAAAUGUCUUCAGCGGGCUUGAUGUUCAGUUUUGUCCCUCCAGGGGAAAAGAUUCCAGAUGCCAUUUUACACGUUUCUACAACAGAUCCUUUUUAUUCAAAUGUUCUUUUAUUUUCUUGUAAAACAAACGUUUUAAAGGAAGGGUGUUUUUAAGGGUUUGGGAAGGUUUUCCAGUUUUUACUUAUUUUAAGUCACAAAAUUUUAAGCGAGAGCGGAGGUCGAAUUGUACCAGCAGCAAAGCAAAGCCAGGUUCGGGUGUCCUGCAGAGUUUAGACUUCCCACCAGGUGGAGCUAUUGUCUUUUUGUAGGGUCUGGGUGACAUCAGUGUAGCCUUCCUAGCAGCUGGUUAGUCUAGGUGUAAUAUCAUCUGGAUCUGUGUACUUCUCACUGAAUGUCUUUUUAAAAAUCUCAAGUGUUUUAAAUAUUUUAAUGCAGUUGAUUCAAUUUGCAAAAUGACGUCUCAUGGUAGCCCUGGUUCUGUUCUGUUUCUGCAGUAGAAUAACCCCAGUGUGUAGCUGUAGUUUUAAAGAACUGCCACCAGGUGGUGGUGUCUGAAAUGAACUGCGGGCUCAUUGCCUUCUGUUUUGGAUAUAGGCACAAUUUAAAAUAUCCCGCUGCCUUCAGACACAUGACUUUUUAAACCGUUUUCAGAUGCAUUGCAGUCUUGUGUUUCUGAAAUCUUUUAGGGUCAGGUGAAAGUAACAAUGCGUGUUCAUUCUCGGGCGUGUUUCUGGCAGAAUAGUUACCGCCACUUAAAACGAUGAGGCGCGCCAGGGAAUGAGGCCAGGCGUUUUCCGGAAAAUGCCGAAGUUCGUGCGAAUCGUUUCAAUGCAACUUGGUGAUUUGUAAUUUCAUUGAACUGAUGUGCUGCCGCUGAUAAACGACGUAGGUGCGUCGACAUUAAAUAAAAACGGUAACUUUUGACAUUUCA